GCUGUUUCUUUAGGACAGUCACCAUAAUAAAAACCAGAAAAGAAAGUAACUUUUAAAAAAAGCUUAACAAUCUCAAAGAUGAAGUUUAUGUGGCAGAUUUUUGCAAUAUUUUAUGGAACAUAUGGCUAUCAGCUCAUUCCCAGGAUUAAAGAAUGUGGAGUCACUUGUUCACAGGGAUUUCAUUGCAAACAUCAAUUUUCUAUGGAGGCUGUGAGCAGUUUCUGCCAUCCUGCGCCUGCCUCCCUUUCUCCAGUUAAUCUUAAAAACAUGAAACUUGGGACUACAAUGAAGUGUGAAGAUCACAGGCAUUGCUCUCUCCACUUAAGUGUCACGGCAAACCUGCAACUUAAUGAAAAUAUGUCUGGUGUUCGAAUUUGUUAUCUCUUGAUGGUUACUCAAAAAACCAAGUGUGUGAAAGUGAAGAUUUCCAGGGGGCAAAAUGCCCAUCUUGAGCGAAAUAAGGUCAAAAUACAAUUUAAUUGCUUUGAGGUCAGUGUGGGACAACAUCUCUACGUAACCAUGACAACAAUUCCAAAUUAUUGUGGAGUUAAACAGACUCAAGAAUAUUAUGUUGAAGACUGCAGAAACAAUGAUGUGGGGAAAAAUAUUCCAGAUUGUUUUGUGAGCAAAAUGGCUUAUAAUGUGGACAGAACAAGAAAGAUCAUUUCAGUGAAUAUUUCAGAUGUCCAAAACACAGACUGUUAUGUUCGUUUAUGUCAUCAAAGAUUUGUAUGUGAAGAUGUGGGGCCUGUCACUUUGAUUCAGGGAAAAGACUUGACAAAAUCUGCUUCUUUGCAAUACACUCAACUGCUGCCUUGUCUCUGUAUUGAGGUAUGGCCGGCAAUUUUGGAUGCACGAAGAGUGCAGUUGUGCCCAUUCAAAAAUGAUACUAAGUCCCUGUGGGAUAAUAUUGUUUAUCAAGCUGCCACACAAACACUGUCUUGGGAAUCUGCCUGUCCUGUUCAUGUUACUGUCAGCCUUUGUCAACUGAUGAAGAUUAAUGAUCAGUGUGUUGAUCUAGAGGGUACUGUCAACAUUGCUGCAGAGAAAGUGAAAUAUUCCCGAGUUGAUACACAUCCAAGCCUUUGCAUCAAGUUUGCAGCUGAGCACAAUGUCUGGGUUAAAUGCCCAUUCAAUCAUGGACACUUUCAAGCUUGGAAAAUGCAACUUGCUGUGAUGGGACAACAAAGAGAAGUUUCUUUCACACCACAUUUUGAAGCAGAGUUUUCAGUACUCAUAUGUAACAGGACCAACCUGCACUCAUGCAACUCUACUGGAAUCCCCAAAGCCCUUUCAUUGGAUGGAUUAAGUUUACCAUCUGUCAACAUUUCAGGGAAACCAUGUGGCUCAAAUGUCUGCAUUAAGGGAUGGAGGACAGAUGUGGACUAUUCUGUUUCUUCAUACAUCUGUGAUUUACCCUGCAACUCUUCUACUGGGACUCAAGAAUAUUAUGAAUAUUCCUUAAGCAUCCUCUCUCUCAUAGCAUUUCUUGCCAUAUUUCUAAUCAUGUUGGCUCUCCUUGGACACAAACUUUUGUCAGUUAAUUCUAGGAAGACUCAUGAAGAGAAAAGUGUAUUACACAUGAUAACACACAGGUAACCCAGUUCUGGAGAAAGAUAUGAAGUAUAUACCUCAUGCUUCUGCCUUGGAUGAAAUAGCACCAUUUGUUUUAUGUAUGAAGAAAAGCAGACAACUUAGCAGGAUGUUGUCACUUCCUCCGUCUUAAAGUAAUUGAAAGAUUUCUCUACUGUAAAUGGUUUACAUGUGUAAAUAAUCCUCUUGUGUGCCAGAGGUCUUCCUUGACUUCAGAAACAGGAAUAAAUU